CGACUUCUGCUGCCGUUGAGGAACUGAAGAAAAGCGUCUCCCGUUUGAAGUUACCCAAGGAGCAUUCCCCCCGAGUUUAGAAACUCAUUCGCCAACUAACACUUCAUCGAUAACGAACCGAAAUCAACUAACAUGGCGGACAAGAUCAAAGCAUUUUUCCAGAAAAAGAAAUCCGAUGCCAAAUUUAAGAUGGCUGGAAAGGGGUACAAAUUGACCGAAUCCGGGAGUUCAUCAAAAUCGAACUCUAAGGAAGCAGUGAAGCCAGUGACACGGGCGGAACCAACCACAGAGGCUAAAAUUGCCGGACAAGCUGCCCUGGCGAGGCUCGAGUCGAAGAGGCCAGACCCGACAAAGUUCAACACAUCGUACGCGGCUAUCCAGGCACAAGUCAAACGAGAACUGGAGGCGGAGAGAAAAGCGGCGAGUAACGAAGUGAAGGAAAUCGCGCUGCCAAAGAAGCAAAAAAUCCCAGAAGAGGUCGAGGCGAACCCGCUACUCGCUGUACGCGGGGUUUAUUUUCGCUGUCCGAUUAUUUCCGACGAAAUAUUAACCAGGGACGAGUGGAAGAGCAAGAUUCGACAGUUCCUUUACGAACAGCUUAAUCACGAGGAGCCCGGACUCACCGCCUGCCUCAUCAUUCAUAGUUGUAAUACCGGGAAAGAAAAGGUUGAGCAGUGUGUCGAAACGAUAUGCAAAUACCUGGAAAACAUCGUCAAUAAUCCGGGGGAGGAGAAAUACUGGAAAAUACGAAUGUCGAAUCGGGUAUUUCAGGACAAAGUGAAGCCCAUCGAGGGUGCCUUGCAGUUGUUUGAAGCUGCUGGUUUUGAAAUAGUCAAAAUAGCACAUCAGGAACAGGAAGAGGACUUCCUGGUCUGGAGUCCAGAAAAAUCUUCGAUCGAGCAAAUCGGUGUGCUGGUUGAUGCUCUGAGGACGGCAGAACCCGUUCGAAUUGAGUUGGACAGAAACUUACAAGUCUUACUGCCGAGUCAAGCAGCGAAAAGAAACGAAUUGCCUCCGAUUUUUUUCACCAUGUCACCGGAGGAGAUUAAGAAAGAGCAGCAGCUCAGGUCUGAAGCAGCAGCAAAGAGUCAAAUUCUCCGUACGAAAGCGAUGCGGGAAAAAGAGGAAUUGCGAGAAAUGAAGAAAUACCGUUACGCGUUGAUACGGGUGCGUUUCCCGGACGGGGUACUGCUUCAAGGAACGUUCGCGGUUUACGAAAGGGUCGAAAACAUCAUAGAAUUUGUCAGAGAGAAUUUGAUCAGCGACGAGAUACCGUUCGUUUUAACAACGCCGACGGGUCAUCGGCUCGGGGAUGAAGACUAUGAAAAGACCUUGGUUGACAACAGACUGGUCCCCGCAUCAAUAUUGAAUUUCAGCUGGGAUACGGAGAUUUUAGGCGCCAAGGGUCCCACCGAAUAUCUCAAAGAAGAAAUUAUCUGCCUGAUACAGUCCACGUAAGCCUUUGCACCCUGAUUGAGCUACGAUUUUAUCAUCAUCAGUCUCAACCGGUCAAUGGUAAGCGCGGACACUCUUGUUUGUACGAAGCGAAGUUUGGAGUCGUUGUUACUUUUCAAGCUGUAGAGAAGUCAGACGCCAACGCAUUGGUAGGAAAUGAUGCAUUAAAUUACCAAAAUAAUCGGUUUUGAACAUGUUAAUCAUUGACUAUUGUGCUCACGGUGCUGAUUGGUUGUAGAAAUCGUCGUGGUCCACCGUCUCACAUGCGGUUUGGUUCUGUUUUCGAUAUUCUACAAGACGAUGAAACUGAAAUCAAUACGCAAGGGAAA